UCCGCUUGAUGUAUAGUCAAAUCAGUAUAGAUGUUGUGGGUUGUCUUGAGGCUGUUAGGAUAGCUUAGAAGAUGGCUAAUCUUGUGGCAAUGAACAUGAAGAGGAAAGAACAUGCUGAAGUGUCCAACCAUGGACUCUCCAUCUUUCUUGAUCCCAAGAGGCUCAAGUUGCAGGAUGGAGAGAUUCCAGACAUGAUGGAAGAAGAGAAAGCAGGUGCUCCAACUGAUGCUAAUGUGCCAGCCAUGGCCUCAUCAUCAUGGCUGCAGCCGACUCAGGACCAAAAGGCUGUCCAUCACACACUGAACAUUCCAUAUGGGAUGGCAUCUUCAGAGCCACCAUUCCAAGCCGCCACCGCCACCGCCACCGUCGCCGCCAUGGACAUCGAGGUUGAGCUCCAGCAGCGGCAGCCUCAGGCUCAGCCGUGUCAGCAGGCACCUUUCUGGUCAGGUUUCUUCUGAACUGCAGAGACCGACGACAAAGCUGCUGGAAUCGGAGGGAGUUCCAAUUUUUUUUAAAAAAAUCACAAACUGCUAGAUCACUACAAGUUGUUCUGAGCAUGUUUAUGUUAGCAUGUGACUAGCAUAGAGUAUUUCUAAUACUCCAAUCCAUGUUGUCAUAAUAUCCUGAUUUAGACAAGUACAGGUUGUUGAUCUAUGUAUGCUGAUUCGAUGGUUAAGAGUAUGCCAUGUGAAUGUCAUCUGGAGAUUCUUUCAGAGGAUUCUCUCUUUCAGACGAAUUUAGUUUGCAGAUUUAGCUGUGAGAAUCA